CUCGAGGUCGGGCUGUGCUCCCAGGGAGGGGACGCAGAGGAGCUGACACGCGGCGCGGCGCUGCCCUGUGUGGCCCAACCCCCCCCCGUUCACGGAGCCGCGGCCGUGACUCUGCCCAGUGACGUGGGGCGGCCGAACUUUACGUAACCCGCCCGGCGCCCCACGGGGGCCCACGCAGGGUGCACCUGGGGCGCGGAGCCCAGGCUGGGGGAAGGAGCCCAGUCACGGUGUUGCCCCAAAGGGCGCUGGGGCUGCAGCCCACCCCCACCAUGCCCAUCUCUGUAACUCAUUUACAGCCGCUAACAGUGACCCAGUGUGUGUGGACGCGGCCUGUCCGCUGUCCCAGGCCCUUUGUGACCAAGGGCUUACCCUUGAGGGAAGGCAGUGGGGAGCUUGGGCCGGAGCUGGGGUCAGAAGCCUGGGUUCAGGCUGGGACUGGGGGCUCAGAGGACAGGGUCAAGGCUCAAGCUGGGCUCCCUGUGGCUUGGGUGCCCCCGCUACAUCUGGAAUGGGCCCAAAAUGGGACGCAGGAGACCUGGAUUCUAGGCCCGGUUCUACUGUAACUUGAUGACUGACCUUGGGCAAGCUUGUCGCCUGCUGGAAAAUGGGAUGGCAGCACCUGCUUCCUCAGGAGCAAGGGGUGCUGACACACAGCAAACAUGUUUGUGGAUGGAGGGCUGGAGUCACACCCCCGACCGCCCCUGCCGCAGCGCACAGCCAGAGGUCGUCCACACCACGCCCCUUUCUUACAGAUGAGGAAGAUGAGGCUUCUCGAGCCAAAGCGAUAGACCCACAGCCACAGAACUCGGUGGUCGAGGUGCAGGAAUCAGGUGUGCCGUCGCGGGGCCCAUGCCGUGAGGCCAGGAGGAGCCCCGCCGCCAGCAUGCCGUGGGACGCGCGGCGGCCCGGGGGUGGCGCGGACGGCGGGCCCGAGGGCUCGAGUGCAGCGCGCUCGCGGGCGCAGAAGCAGUGCCGCAAGUCGUCGUUCGCCUUCUACCAGGCGGUGCGCGACCUGCUGCCGGUGUGGCUGCUGGAGGACAUGCGCGCCAGCGAGGCCUUCCACUGGGACGAGCGCGGGCGCGCCGCCGCCUACUCGCCGUCCGAGGCGCUGCUCUACGCGCUCGUGCACGAUCACCAGGCGUACGCGCACUACCUGCUGGCCACGUUCCCGCGGCGCGCACUCUUGCCGCCCAGCGCCGGCUUCCGCUGCUGCGCGGCGCCGGGGCCGCACGUGGCGCUGGCGGUGCGCUACAAUCGCGUGGGCAUCCUGCGCCGCAUCCUGCGCACCGUGCGCGACUUCCCGGCCGAGGAGCGCGCUUGCUUGCUCGACAGGCGUGGCUGCAGCCGUGUGGAGGGCGGUGGCACGUCGCUGCACGUCGCCUGCGAGCUGGCGCGCCCCGAGUGUCUCUUCCUGCUGCUCGGCCACGGUGCCUCUCCUGGCCUGCGUGAUGGUGGCGGCCUCACGCCGCUCGAGCUGCUGCUGCGCCAGCUGGGUCGAGAUGCCGGUGCCACUCCCCCCGGGACCUCCGCUGCCACCGGGAACCCAGCUGCCGCUCCCGGGGAGCCACGCCAGCGACGCUUGCUGCUUCUCGACCUGCUGGCGCUGUACACCCCGGCGGGCGUCGCCAGCCCGGCUCGCCACGAGCUGCUGGGCGACCGGCAGCGCUGGCAGCGUCUACUGGGCGAGGACAAGUUCCAGUGGCUGGCGGGCCUGGCGCCGCCCUCGCUCUUCGCGCGUGCCAUGCAGGUGCUGGUCACCGCCAUUUCGCCCGGCCGCUUCCCUGAGGCCCUGGACGAGCUGCCGCUGCCACCCUUCCUGCAGCCGUUGGACCUCACGGGCAAGGGCUAGACCUGGGGGCACCCUAGGCGCUGGAUUUUGGGACAAAACUAUUUUUCAGAGCGUUGUACCAGGCACUUUACAUAUAUUGAUCCCUCUACAGCA